ACAACCUCUCCCUUCAACCACCCUCUCCCCCAAUUACAUCUUUCCUUCCGGGAAACCAAUCUCAACUCUUUCUGAACUCAUAUCACAAUGUUCAGGAACGCUCUGCGGCAAUCCAGCCGCUCCGUGGCCGCCGUCUCCGCCACUGGCAGACUCGCUUCGGCCCGCGUAGCUGCUCCCUCCCCCUACGCUGCUGCUUCGAAGCAGGUCCGUUCAUAUGCCGCAGAGGCCAAGGCCUCUCCCACUGAGGUCUCCUCAAUCCUUGAGCAGAGAAUCCGAGGUGUCCAGGAGGAAGCUGGCCUUGCCGAGACUGGACGUGUCCUUUCCGUCGGUGACGGUAUUGCUCGUGUCCAUGGCAUGACCAAUGUCCAGGCUGAAGAGCUUGUCGAGUUCGCCUCUGGUGUCAAGGGCAUGUGCAUGAACUUGGAAGCCGGCCAGGUUGGUGUUGUGCUUUUUGGUUCUGAUCGUCUCGUCAAGGAAGGCGAGACUGUCCGCCGUACUGGAGAAAUUGUCGAUGUUCCCGUCGGUCCUGAGCUGCUCGGUCGUGUCGUUGACGCUCUCGGUAACCCCAUUGACGGCAAGGGCCCCAUCAACACCAAGGAGAAGCGCCGUGCUCAGCUUAAGGCCCCCGGUAUCUUGCCUCGUCGUUCCGUCCACGAGCCUGUCCAGACUGGUCUUAAGUCUGUCGACUCUAUGGUUCCUAUCGGUCGUGGCCAGCGUGAGCUUAUCAUCGGUGAUCGUCAGACUGGUAAGACUGCCGUCGCUCUCGAUGCCAUUCUUAACCAGAAGCGCAUCAACGCGGCUGGUGAUGAGUCUAAGAAGCUCUACUGUGUCUACGUCGCUGUUGGUCAGAAGCGUUCCACUGUUGCCCAGCUCGUCAAGACCCUUGAGGAGAAUGAUGCUUUGAAGUACUCCAUUAUCGUUGCUGCUACUGCCUCUGAGGCUGCUCCUCUGCAGUACAUUGCUCCUUUCACUGGUUGUGCCAUGGGUGAGUGGUUCCGUGACAACGGCCGUCAUGCCGUCAUCAUCUACGACGACUUGUCCAAGCAGGCCGUUGCUUACCGUCAAAUGUCUCUUCUGCUCCGUCGUCCUCCUGGUCGUGAGGCUUACCCUGGUGACGUUUUCUACCUCCACUCCCGUCUUCUUGAGCGUGCUGCCAAGCUCAACGACAAGCACGGCAGCGGUUCCUUGACCGCCCUUCCCAUCAUUGAGACCCAAGGUGGUGAUGUGUCUGCUUACAUUCCCACCAACGUCAUUUCCAUUACCGACGGUCAGAUUUUCUUGGAAACCGAGUUGUUCUACAAGGGUAUCCGUCCCGCCAUUAACGUCGGUCUGUCUGUCUCCCGUGUCGGUUCCGCCGCCCAAGUCAAGGCCAUGAAACAGGUCGCUGGAUCUUUGAAACUUUUCUUGGCCCAGUACCGUGAAGUCGCUGCUUUUGCUCAAUUCGGUUCCGAUCUGGACGCUUCUACCAAGCAGACUCUGAGCCGUGGUGAGCGUCUCACUGAGCUUCUCAAGCAGAAGCAGUACUCUCCUAUGGCUGUCAGUGAGAUGGUUCCUCUUAUCUUCGCUGGUGUCAACGGUCUUUUGGACAGCAUUCCCGUCAACAAGGUUGAGAAGUGGGAGGAGGACUUCAAGGCUUACCUCAAGUCUAACCAGGCCGACCUUCUUGCUACCAUCGACAAGGAGGGCCAAAUUAGCAAGGACCUCGAGACCCGCCUCCGUGAGGUCAUCACCGACUUCAACAAGAGCUUCUCUGCUUAGGUGAGCAAAAUAUAAUGGGUGUUGUUCGCUGCCAUGUAUUGUUUUUCCUAACACUAUCUGUGUAUAGACAAGAUAGCUUGUGUACAAUUUGAGACCAGUAAUUUCCUUUGUUCCACGAAGCAGUUACAUCUGGUUCAAGUAAUCUUGACAUCUUGACAUCUACACGGAAGUUUGUAAGACAUUCGACAUGCCGUGUGUGGCUAUCAUGAUAGAGCUCGUGAUGGCGUGGAGGACCUGCAUCUAUACAAAAUUCUUCUUAUCCUAUGUUUCAAGCAUGAUGCAUAGCAUAGACUUAUGUAAUUCUACAUCGAUUAUAUUGUUAUUUGCAUCAUUCGAUCUUCCUAUUAAGCAUACACAUUACAUCAAUUGCACAGUAUACGCAAUAAAUAAAUAACAAUCAUCAAAGGG